AUGAAGCUGUCUCCUCCUCUACCUCCUAAGAAGCUGAUGAUCUGUGUGCCUGUGGGAGCAGGGGGGAACAUGGAGCCUUCGGCCCUCACCUUCCAGAAGUGCCCCCCUCCCUCUCACCAUGUGGGGUCCCUUGGGGGCCACUCCCUACACUACGGGACCCUCCCUGUGCCCCUACACCCCCCCAGCCGCAUCAUAGAGGAACUCAAUAAGACCCUGGCCCUCACCAUGAAGCGAUACGAGAGGUGAGGACACAGUGUGUGUGUGUGUGUGUCCUUGCCUCCAUGUGUUUGAGUGCAUGUGUGUGCAUGAAAAAUAAUGUGGAUGCAGGGGUUCAUAAUACUGUAUAUACUGAGUGUACAAAACAUUAGGAACAACUGCUCUUUCCAUGACAGACUGACCAGGUGAAAGCUAUGACCCCUUAUUGAUGUCACUUCUUAAAUACACUUAAAUCAGUGUAGAUGAAGGGGAGGAGACAGGUUAAACAAGGAUUUUUAAGCCUUGAGACAACUGAGACAUGGAUUGUGUAUGUGUGCCAUUCAGAGGGUGAAUAGGCAAGACAAAAUAUUGAAAUGCCUUUGAACGGGGUAUGAUAGUAGGGAAAGGGGGAUACCUAGUCAGUUGUACAACUGAAUGCAUUUAACCCAACCCCUGUGCCAGGCACACUGGUUUGAGGGUGUCAAGAACUGCAAUUCUGCUGGGUUUUUCACGUUCAACAGUUUCCUGUGUAUAUCAAGAAUGGUCCACCACCCAAAGGACAUCCAGCCAACAUGACACAACUGUGGGAAGCAUUGGAGUCAACAUAGGCCAGCAUCCCUGUGGAACGCUUUCGACACCUUGUAGAGUCCAUGCCCCGACGAAUUGAAGGCAAAAGGGGGUGUAACUCAAUAUUUUGUACACUCAGUAUAUAUAUCCAGCCUGCCCUGUACUCCCUUCCCAUUGGCCCUGGCCUGUGCCUACACUACAGCAGUGUGAUGGAUUGUGGGAUAGAGUCGUUAAGUAGCUCGUUAAUCAUUUGACAAAACGUGUUCUAAUUAGUGGGGUUAAAUUGGGAGUAAAGAUGGAUGCCCGGGUCUAUGGGAGAGAGGAAAGAGGAGCACUGUUAGCAGACAGUCUGGCUUUAGAGAGUACGAUUUGCUGUUGGGAGGUCUUUGUGGAGGUCUCUGUCUCUUUGUGCCUUUGUGUCAACAGAGUAGAGAUAAGAGCCCUUCUUUCUAUCCCAGUGAAAGAUCGGCAAAAGGUCAGCUUUCUGAAGUCUGAUCAUAGGUUAUAGAAUGUAACCGAAAGGUUGCCGGUUCGAAUCCCCGGGCCGACUAGGUGAAAAAUGUGUCAAUGUGCCCUUGAGCAAGGCGCUUCACCCUAAUUGCUCCUGUAAGUCGCUCUGGAAAAGAGUGUCUGCUAAAUAACUAAAUUGUAAAUGUUAAAAUGUUUCUGUUUGUGUGGAAUCCAAUACCACAAUCCUCUAGGCAGCAUUUGAAACGUCUGGUCAGUCAUACACAUCUCAGUAGAGCGACCAUUUAAUUUUAACCUCCUCUGGCUGUUGUUGAGUUCAGCUUUGGAUAAAGAGCUGCACUAGUUCCCAGAGCCUUACCUUAACUUUACCUCUCUGGGUGUAUGUGUAUCAUGGGCUGGUGUCUAACCAGUUUAGACCAAUUUAGAGCACCACCAGAAACACAGACACUCACACACACACAAUCUCCAUCAGUCUACAGACACAUCACACAAGGGGAAAACGCUUUGAAAUUGACCCCAACACUCCGUGACUCCGUGACUGCAGUACCAGAUUGACCCCCCCAUGAUCCAUCACACUGAUUGGUGGGCCGUCCAGGGUGUUGAUUUCCUGUCAGUCAGCUGUACUCCCGGGAUACAAUUAUUUCCUCCUUCCUUUCCUCUCCUUUUUUCUCCCCCUUUCAUUUUUCUGUUUGGUCUCAAGCACAACAUGGUUAUAGGUAUCCUAGUCUUUUUAAAGUCUUUAUUUUUUUUACUCUAUUGCUGCCUGAAUUUGUCUAAAUGUGAUGUUAGUUUGUAAAAGCAACAGGAAUAAUUAUUCUCCAGUAUGAGAGCUCCACAGUUACUAGAUUGCUGCUUAUUUUCCUGUCUGCUCCUGUGCUGUUUUCCUGAUUGGGGAAUGCUGCUAGUUUCUGAUUGGUCUGCAGUUUGUUUUUGCUGGGCUCAUGUCUCCCUUAUGGUUGAGUCAGGCCGUUUUCUACAGUGUUUCAGUCUUGUUUUGUCAGUUGAGUUGAGGUGCCGUUUACAAUUGGCUGUUUUACGUUUCUUUCAUAACAACUUAUGGUGGAAAUAUAACCUGACGUUACCUUACUACUCCUGUCUUUCUAACACCACCCACGCAAGCCCACCAUCUCUCGCUAACCUUUGACCUUUCUCACUGACCUCAGCUCCCUGCACCACGUGGUUCCCACGGUGAUGAUAGCAUGUGACGACAACAAAGAGAACCUCUCCAACGAAGAAGACUACCAAGACAUACCUGGGUCGUACAGGGACGAGGAGGAGGAGGAGGAAGAAGAGGAGGAUGAAGAUGACGAUGAAACACUGUUUACAAGUAAGUGUUUGUAUAUCCAUAGGUUUGGGACUGGAGUGGCUGUUUGGUCUCUGCUUAGUGGCCAUUCUUCCAAGUAACAGCCUCAAUGGCUACUGGGAUAUGUAGUUUAAGAGCUCUCCUUUCAUUGGACCCCUCCAUUAAGAGCUGUGAAUCCCAUUGGUUCGCCUCCCUGAUUUGAGUGUUGAACGUGACCAAUCAAAGCACCGAGGUGACAGUGGUGUGUGAAUGAGAGCUGUUGCGUAACCUCUGUCUUUUAUGUCAUGAAACACACACACGCUGGCUGGUCCUCAGGUCCCAAGUUCCAGUAGUUCCCUUCACUCUGUUCCCUUCAGCAGUUGUGUGAAUUAUUGAUUUGCGGCCCAUUAUACUUAUGAAGUAUUUCUACACACACACCUCCCUCUCUGUAAUCUGGUUAACAGAGGAGUGAGUUGGAAACAGUAAACACACACACCUCUCUCCUCUCUGUAAUCUGGUCCUCUGUAGCUCAGCUGGUAGAGCACGGCGCUUGUAACGCCAAGGUAGUGGGUUCAAUCCCCGGGACCACCCAUACACAAAAAAUGUAUGCACGCAUGACUGUAAGUCGCUUUGGAUAAAAGCGUCUGCUAAAUGGCAUAUUAUUAUUAUUAUAUUAUCUGGUUAUGUAAACAGAGGAGUGGGUUGGAAACAGUAAACACACACACUCCCAUCCUGUAGCGCUCACUGGAGAGGGUAACCGUUGUGACAGUUUAAUUGCUAGUGCAUGAGUUAGCUACUGUGGUGUUAGUAACUCAAUUUUAUAAACAUUUAAUGGACAAUAAAGUUUACUUUACUUAUCUUAUUCUGUCCUCUCCAACAACCAAUUUGUCCGUGUGUGUGUAGGUACCCUGGCUCUGAAGGUAUUGAGGAAGGACUCCUUGGCCAUUAAGAUCAGUAACCGUCCGUCUGUGAGAGAGCUGGAGGAGAAGAACAUCCUGCCCAGACAGUCAGACCAGGAAAGACUGGAGUUCAGGCAGCAGAUAGGCACCAAGCUCACACGGUGAGACACACACCCUCCCUAUAGCAAUGGCUAGGAGGGCACUUGGUGCCUGUAUAGAAACACACGAGACCUGGGGGAGAGGAUACCUGGGGGAGUGGAGACCAGGGGGAGACGUGACCUGGGGGAGAGGAAACCUGUGGGAGUGGGAGACGUGACCUGUGAGAGACGUGACCUGGGGGAGAGGAGACCUGGGGGAGACAUGACCUGGGGGGGGGGGGACAUGACCUGGGGGGGGGGACGUGACCUGGGGGAGACGUGACCUGGGGAGAGGAGAUGAGACGCGAGGAAGUAAGAAAGGGGAGAGGGACGGAGGAUGGAAGGAAACGGAUGAGAGGGAGAGUAAAAGAGAGCCUGUCACAUUAUUAUCUUGAAUAUGUCAGUGAGAGGGCAGACAGCUUCAAGUGGGAUUUUACCUUCACAGAGUACAGAACAUAAAUGCAGGAGGGAUGUGGCAAUACAGGAAUUCACAAACAAUUUCCUUCCUUUCUUUCGCCUCCCACUUUCAUUUGUUACACUCAUGCUUCUUGCCUCCUCCCUCUCUUCCUUCUCCUUCCUCCCUCCCCUCUCUCAAUUUUUCUUCUCUCUCAUUCCCCCCUCCCACCAUCUCAUUCCCUCCCUCUCCUUGCUGAAUGAAUCACUGUGUCAGACUAUUGAGGUGGUAAGUAAAUACAUAUAAAUCUGAGGGAGUCAUGGCUCACAGAGGAGACUGCUCUGAGGUCAGAAAAUAAAACACAAUAGAACAAAACACAAUAAAAUACGUUAGGAAAUGGUCCUGACUGACUCUAGUUCUAUUUCCUCAGGAGGUUGAGUCAACGGCCAACUGCAGAGGAGCUGGUGACUGACUCUAGUUCUAUUUCCUCAGGAGGUUGAGUCAACGGCCAACUACAGAGGAGCUGGUGACUGACUCUAGUUCUAUUUCCUCAGGAGGUUGAGUCAACGGCCAACUACAGAGGAGCUGGUGACUGACUCUAGUUCUAUUUUCUCAGGAGGUUGAGUCAACGGCCAACUGCAGAGGAGCUGGUGACUGACUCUAGUUCUAUUUUCUCAGGAGGUUGAGUCAACGGCCAACUACAGAGGAGCUGGUGACUGACUCUAGUUCUAUUUUCUCAGGAGGUUGAAUCAACGGCCAACUACAGAGGAGCUGGUGACUGACUCUAGUUCUAUUUUCUCAGGAGGUUGAAUCAACGGCCAACUACAGAGGAGCUGGUGACUGACUCUAGUUCUAUUUUCUCAGGAGGUUGAGUCAACGGCCAACUACAGAGGAGCUGGUGACUGACUCUAGUUCUAUUUUCUCAGGAGGUUGAGUCAACGGCCAACUACAGAGGAGCUGGAACAGAGAAACAUACUCAAACGUAAGUAGAACAGACUAGAUAGGCAGAAGACACAUUUCCAGUUUCUCACAAAAUGGACAAUAAAGUGACUUCUCUAUUUUGUUUUAUUCCAUUCUAACCUGUCCCUCCCUCUCUCAGCACGCAAUGAGCUGGAGGAGCUGGAUGAGAUGAGAGAGCUCAAGAAACGCCUGUCUAGAAAGGUGAGAGAGGGGAGGAGGAGGAGGGUGAGAGAGGGGAAUAGGGUAUCACUUUCCAUUAGAUGGCAGUCUAUUUGAAAUAUGAUAACUUGAUGUCAUAACAGGUAAUGCUAUCUCAUCCUCUGUUGUGUAACAUAAGCCGUGUGUGUGUGUGUGUGUGUGUCUGUGUGUGUGUAUAUAUCUCUAACGGUUGUGUGUGUGUCUAUAUCUCUAACAGUUUGGAUGAUUGCCUGCGAGGCCAUCUUUGUCUUUCGGUUGAGGACAGCUACCACAAUAAUCCAGAUCUGCUGCCCCCGAGACCCUCAGUCACCACACACACACACCUGCACACACUCUGACAACCCUUUUCUCCCGUCUCCAGUUGAGUCAGAGGCCUACAGUGGAGGAGCUGAGGGAUGCUAAGAUCCUGACCCGCUUCAGUGACUAUGUAGAGGUAGCUGACGCCCAGGACUACGACAGGAGAGCAGACAAACCGUGGACGCGACUCACAGCUGCUGAUAAGGUAAUAACACUCACAAGCAGGUGCUCACACCGCACACACAUAUACACUCACACACAUAUACACUCACACACAAACACUUUAUUCACUCACACACAUACACAAAUGCAGUCAUGCGUAUAUACAUGCGUGUUUUCUCUGACUGAUCUCCGGUUCUGUUUGUCCCUCGUAGGCUGCCAUACGUAAAGAACUCAAUGAAUUUAAAAGCACAGAGAUGGAAGUGCAUGAGGGUAGUCGCCAUCUAACCAGGUAUGUCACAGCCAUACUACACUCUGCAACACAACACAGAGACACUUGCCCAUACUUCAAGCAGUGUAUACAGUAACUAAUUAUCUCUCUCCCUCUCUCUGUCCUGUAGGUUUCAUCGACCAUAGUUAUUCUUAUGCCAUCUUUUACAAGAACCUCAAGUGCUGGACCUCAAAACUGCUGCCUCUGUGUACCACACCACACCCCUCCCCUUCCAGACCAGAACUACACUAG